GAUGGGGUUGAGCGCUCGAGCGAUAGGCUCGGGAUUACGGCACUGUCCCACGCGCGCAUCUUCACUUGACGGAUCAUCGCACGCCCGCUCGCGACUCUACUUCGCCUUCAUCCUGCUGCUCCUCACGCUCACGCCGCGCGUGGAUUCCUCCUGGUGGUAUAUUGGCGCUCUGGGUGCGCGUGUGAUCUGUGAUAACAUCCCUGGGCUGGUGAACAAGCAGCGUCAGCUGUGCCAGCGGCACCCCGACAUCAUGCAGUCGAUCGGCGAGGGCGCCAAGGAGUGGGUCAAGGAGUGCCAGCACCAGUUCCGCCACCACCGCUGGAACUGCAGCACCCUGGACCGGGACCACACCGUGUUCGGACGCGUCAUGCAGCGCAGUAGCCGUGAGGCGGCGUUUGUUUACGCGAUCUCGUCGGCGGGGGUGGUGCACGCCAUCACGCGGGCGUGUAGCCAGGGCGACCUGAAGACGUGUAACUGUGACCCGCACAAGCGCGGGCGCGCCACCGACGGCGAUGGCACCUUCGACUGGGGCGGCUGCAGCGACAACAUCAACUACGGCAUCAAGUUCGCCAAGGCCUUCGUGGACGCCAAGGAGGAGACCGUCAAGGACGCCAGGGCUCUCAUGAACCUGCACAACAACCGCUGUGGACGCAUGGCGGUGAAGCGCUUCCUGAAGCUGGAGUGUAAGUGCCACGGCGUGAGCGGCUCCUGUACGCUGCGCACCUGCUGGUUGGCCAUGUCCGACAUCCGCAAGACGGGCGACUUCCUGCGCAGGAAGUACAACGGCGCCAUCGAGGUGACCAUGAACCAGGACGGAACCGGCUUCACCGUCGCCAACAAGGACUUCCGCAACGCCACCAAGAACGACCUCGUCUACUUCGAGAACUCGCCCGACUACUGCCUCAUGAACAAAGCAGCAGGUUCGUUGGGGACGGCGGGGCGCGUGUGCAAUAAGUCGUCGCGGGGCACCGACGGCUGCGAGGUGAUGUGCUGUGGGCGUGGCUACGACACGACGCGCGUGACGCGCAUCACCAAGUGCGAGUGCAAGUUCAAGUGGUGCUGCGCCGUGGAGUGCAAGGACUGCGAGGAGGCCGAGGACGUCCACACAUGCAAAGCCCCCAAGCGCGCAGAAUGGCUGGAGCAGACCUGA